UAUGCCUGAUUUCUCAGCCUAUCAUUCAUCAUUCUGAAAUGCCACCUUGGCAUUUCAUUCCAACUCAAAUGCAAUAAAUUCCUUUUUACAGGCAAAAAAUAUGGAUGUGAUUCCAGUGCAAGUUCUAGAUAUUUCUUUGCAAUAUCAUUUUCUCCUAAUCUACAAAGAACCUUCAUUGGAGUUCAACACUAAAUUCAACGAUUUCACAACACAAAACGAUGCAGAGCAGAAUGGUCACAAGUCUUCAAGUUAUCAUGUGGACAAAACAAUAAAAACAACGAAAAAAAAACACAAAACACAUUCAGCAACUUUGCUCAAAAAACGCAAAAGCCUGCAAUGUAAGAACGUCAAAAAUUAA